AUUCCCCUUUUCUUCCUUUUCAAGUUUCAACAACAGCAGCAAGAGCCAGCACCUACAGACAGACAGUCAGUUUCCAAUGGAUUUCUCUCAACUCACAGACGCCGUUGCAUCAAGAUCGUACGACAAAAUCGCUGAUAUCUGUGAUCAGCUCAUGCUUCAGAUUGCUUCGCAAGGUGUUACGUUUCAUGACGAGUGGCCUUAUGCUGUUCAUCUCCUAGGGCACAUUUACCUAAAUGAUCUAAAUAGCGCCCGGUUUCUGUGGAAAUCCAUACCACUUUCAAUCAAAGAGAGUCGUCCAGAGGUGGCUGCCAUCUGGAAAAUCGGGCAACAGCUGUGGACUCGAAAUUAUGCAGGUGUGUAUGACGCAAUUCGUGGAUUCAACUGGAGUGCAGAGAUUCAAGAUUUUGUUGCUUCAUUUGCAGAAAGAUACACACGAAGGAUGUUGGAGCUACUGAUGUCUGCUUAUUCAACUAUAAGCAUUCAAGACACUGCUCUCUUUUUGGGAAUGAAUGAGAGUGAAGCCACAAACUAUGUAUUGCAACAAGGGUGGACUGUGGAUGCUGCAUCCCAAAUGUUUACCGUCAAGAAGCAUGCUGUUGUUACCGAGCAGAAGAUUGACCCGUCCAAAUUGCAGCGUUUGACUGAAUACGUCUUUCAUCUUGAGCACUAGAAGCAUGUAAAUCCCAAAUUCUGGUUUCAGUCGCAUACUUCAUUUUGCUAGUAUUUCUUAUGCCUUGAAAUGUUCAGAUCAGAAGGGAAUGAUUCUUGAUGACUGGUCCAAACACACCCUACUUGGCCAUAUGGGGUUGUGGAUCGUUUAAAAAUUGGGGUUGUAUCGGACCGCAAAAUAUGAAAAUGGUACCGUGAACUUAACUGUGAAUCAAAGCCUGAAUCGAUUUGUCAUGACUUCUUUGAAAUUAGUUUUAAUUACAUAGCUAACUAAUUCAUUCA